AUGAGUGCUGAAGCUUUUUAUCCAGAUGAGGGGGCCGUCUCGCAGUCUGUGGAAUCAGGUCAGCAGGUCCCUCUGUCUGCCAUACCUGCCAGCCCAAUAUCUCCGCAUUCGGCUGUGGUCGAGGGCACACCUGAUCAGGGUCCCUUAGCGGCCUUCAUGAGCAGCCCCGUCGAGGGCGAUGAUCUUACUGAGGAGCAACUGGGGAGCCUGAUGUCUCGCGAGGACACACAACUUCCCCCUGACGACGACCCGACUGCAGGCCGUUUGGAACAGCAGCUUGCAGGCUUCAUUGCCUACGGCGGCAGUGCAGGUGAUUGGCAUGCCAUGAACUCAGGCUUCAUUCUUGCAAGGCAUUCCCGUCAGGCGAUGCCGUGGGAAAGAGUGACGAGGCCCCGCUUGGGGCCCGGCUUCAUGUUCCAGGAGCCGUUGCUAGGUCGCUUCGACGGUCUUAGGAGGGCGGCGAUCCCCGCCCCUGCAGCAGGGCCGUGGGCAUGGGUGCCCAAAGGAACUUACGAGGCCAGGCGACUUCUCGCAGCAAGGUUUGCCAAAAGCGAUGACAUGCUUAGGCUUACCGCACUUAAGAAAAUUCGGCUCAUCGUGCUUUUCUUCCCGGAUGACUCGGAGCUUGGAAGGAACCUUGUGGGUUCUGCAGGCUCCCUGGUGGAGGAAUCCAUGCUGACCUCGACCAUCGAGGACACCUUUUCAGGCAGAGCCGCCAGCACCCUUCUGAAGCGUGCCUCAGAUUUCUCAAGGUUCGCCAAGUGGAUCGUAGCUAGCAAAGGGCGCCCUCUGGCGCCUUCCGAGGGCGAGUUGUACGCUUAUAUGCUUCACUUGCGACGGGAGAAAGCAGGAGCCACUGCCGGCGAGUCUUUUCUCAAGGCCUAUAGGUUCUUUGUGCACUUGACAGGGGCUGCGCAAGGCUCCAGGAUUUCCCCUCGUGUGCAGGGAGCAGCCAAGGCGAUGUCCAUGGCCAAACGGCCGCUCUGGCAAGCACCGCCCCUUCCGGUGGAGGCAGUGCGGCUCUUGGAAGAAUUCGUCCACGACUCUGAGGAUUACGCCAAGGACCGAAAGGAUACCGUGCUGCCUUUGAUUGCACUGGGCAGUGGCUUAACUCAGCCCUCGUGGGGACGUGUCUGGAUGCGCAAGAGGGCCCUGGCAGGGCUACCGGACUGCGCCGUAAUCAUGCCGGCCAUGUCGCCGGGAGGGAACUUUCUAGGAAGGGCCAUGACGGCUGCGGAGGGUUCCUUGUGGCUUCGUGAGUUUUUGCACUUGCAGGGUUUCACGGGAGAUCUUGAACAGUACAGCUCGCACAGCCUGAAAGCAACCGCCCUGUCCUGGACGGCCAAGAGCGGGACCAUGACCUACGAGGAGCGCCUUACUCAGGGGCAUCAUUGCAGUCCAAAGCACGGCAUGGCUCUCCUGUACUCGAGAGAUGCGCUUGCAGAAAUCAUAGUGAAGGUGGCCAAGGUCGUGAGUGCUGUGAGCAGGGGAGUGCUUAGUCCCGACCUCCCGCGAGCCGAGAGAGUCGCAAGAGCUCUGCAUGGCGAUCCGGCCGAUUUUGCGCAUCUUCCUGAGACGACGGCUGAGGAUUUGCCGGCCGAAGAGCCUCAGGAUGAGAACAACUCCGAGGCUGGGUCCGACAUAACAAACCUCGGCGGCCUCGAAGUGGACCUGGGAGCACCGGCCCCGGAGGAGGUCCGUCCUCGGCUUAGCAGCACGUUCUCGGGAGAGACCUACAUGCACGUCUUGAGUGGAGUGGUGCAUAAGUUGGUCAACCCCGGAAUUUUUAAGUGCGGCAGGAAGGUCACGGCGAACAUGCGUUUGAUGGGGCCCGAGGAGGCUCAGGAGAAUGUCUGCCAGCAGUGCGCAGCUUGA